GGAGGGGGAGCGCGGCCGGGACCCCCAUGAGCUGGGGAGGGGUCGGGGAGGGAGUGUGAGCCACGGCUGGGACCCUCCUGAGCGCUGCGGCUCCCGGCGCUGCCAUGGCCCUGCCGGAGUGGCACAUCGCCGUGAAGCUGGCGGAGCAGCCGCUGGCCCCCAAAUCCAUCCUGCGCCUGCCGGAGACCGAGCUGGGCGAGUGCCCGCUGGGCGGCUGCAGCAUCUCGCACCUCAAGCAGCUGAUCACGGGCCAUCUGCAGGAAUCCGUGCCGGACCCCGAGCUCAUCGACCUGAUCUACUGUGGCCGAAAGCUGAGGGAUGACCAGACCCUGGAUUUUUAUGGAAUCCAGUCCGGCUCCACUGUCCAUGUCCUGCGCAAGUCCUGGCCUGAGCCUGACCAGAAACCAGAGCCCGUGGAUAAGGUGGCAGCUGUCCGGGAAUUCCGUGUCCUGCACACUGCCCUGCACAGCAGCCCUGCCUACAGAGAUGCCGUCUUCAAGAUGCUGGGAAACAAGGAAUCCCUGGAUCAGAUCAUUGUGGCUACUCCUGGCCUCAGCAGCGACCCCGUGGCUCUGGGAGUCCUUCAGGACAAGGAUUUGUUUUCUGUGUUUGCAGACCCCAGCAUGCUGGACACGCUGAUCCCGGCUCACCCUGCCCUGGUGAACGCCAUCGUCCUGGUGCUGCACUCGGUGGCGGGCAGCACCCCCCUGCCAGCCCCAGACACGUCCUCGCGGGCCAUGGCCUCGGGCUCCUACCGGGACAUGCCAGGUGGCUUUCUCUUUGAGGGGCUCUCUGAUGAUGAAGAUGAUUUCCACCAGAGCACGAGGUCCACCCCUUCCAGCAGCACGUCCAGCUCCCGCCCGGCCUCGCUGGGCUACGCGGGGGCUGCGGGGCCCCGGCCCAUCACCCAGAGCGAGCUGGCCACCGCCCUGGCCCUGGCCAGCACCCCUGAGAGCAGCUCCCACACCCCCACACCGGGCACCCAGGGCCACUCCUCCGGGACGUCCCCGAUGUCAUCCAGUGUCCAGUCGGGGACACCCAUCACCAACGACCUGUUCAGCCAGGCCCUCCAACACGCCCUGCAGGCCUCAGGGCAGCCCAGCCUCCAGAGCCAGUGGCAGCCCCAGCUGCAGCAGCUGCGAGACAUGGGGAUACACGACGACGAGCUGAGCCUGCGGGCCCUGCAGGCCACCGGAGGGGACAUCCAGGCUGCCCUGGAGCUCAUCUUUGCUGGGGGGGCCCCCUAAAUCUUCCUGCUGGACUGCCUCCUCCGUCUGCCAGCAGGGACGAGGCCUCAGGACUUGUCCAGCACGGUGUUGGAGAGAUGUGGCCCCUCCGGUUCUGCAGCUUUGGCCUGUCACCACAUCCUUGCCCUGUGGUUUCACUGGUGGCCCUCCCUGUGCUCCCCCUGCAUUAAAUGGACCGUGUUCAGUG